AUGUUCUUCACUCUCCGAAACCAUCCAGAAUGGCAGAGAGCCUGUGGAAUGGUGCCACCCCAAGAUCCCUUGGUGUUAGCCCUGGAAAGGGAUAGAAGAGAAAAAAAGAACAUGCCAAAGCGAUGUUGUUCAUCAUGUGAUAUUGGUCAAAGGUGCAUUAAACAGGAUAAAAUUCACCAAGAUACAGAUCAAGGGUUGGAAGAUAUAUUCAAACCCCCACCAAAACGAAGGGAAAGUAUGGAUUUGGAUGAUGCUUCUCCUCCAGAGAGUCCAGUCUCCUCGCGAACCCGGCAGAAACCUGUCUUACAGGCACCUCUGAGAGAGGCGAUAGGACCUGAAGGAACUACAAUGUUAAUUAAAGUACCCUUCUCUACAAUGGAUCUGGAAGCAUGGAAGAAGGUUGCAAAGGAUUAUCGUAAUGACCCUGUAGGCGUUACAAAAUAUUUACAAUUUAUAAUGAAACAACAUAAUCCGGAUUGGAAUGAUGUACAGUUGCUACUGGAAGCAAUGACAGAAACUGAGAAACAAUUAAUAUUAAAAACAGCAGGUGAUCUAGCUGGGGACUACUAUCAAGCAAAGCGACGAGAUGUAAAGGAGUUUUUUCCCCUCCAAGACCCAAAGUGGGACCCAAAUCGAUCUGCAGAGCGAGAGAAACUGCAGGCAUACCAAGAAUGGAUUAUUAAAGGAGUAGAAAGGGCGAUCCCAAAAACUAUAAAUUGGUCAAUUUUGUAUGAGGUAAAGCAGGGCCCCUCAGAAUCACCAUCUGAAUUUCUAGAUCGAUUGAGAGAAGCAAUGCGCCGAAAUACACCACUAGAUCCAGGCUCAGAAGUGGGAAUACAACAAUUGGUCUCUCUCUUUUUGGGGCAGUCCACAGGAGAUAUUAGAAGAAAACUUCAAAAAUUGCGACCAAGUGAGGGAAGAAAUUUAGAAGUCCUCCUGGAGGAAGCAUGGCGAGUAUUUAGUAAUCGUGAAGAAACUUAUAAACAGGGAAUGCAGAGGCUAGUGGCGGUGGUAGAAGAAGGGAGAAGAAGGGAACAAGGACAAAAGCCUCGACUAGGGGGAGAGAUUAGAGAGGAUGUAUUAGACCAAGUAUUUCCGGGAGUAUGGGCUACAGAUAGACCUGGAAAAGCCAAAAAUGCAGCCCCAAUACAAGUCAAGAUCAAGGAAGGGAAACAGUCAGUCAGAAUUAGACAAUAUCCUUUGAAAAACGAAGACAGAGAAGGAAUCCGCCCAAUAAUUGAAAACUUCUUACAAUUAGGACUAUUAAAGGAGUGCCAAUCAGAUUUCAACACUCCUAUUUUACCGGUCCGUAAACCUGACAGUACAUAUCGGGUAGUGCAGGACUUACGAGCUGUUAACAAAAUAACUGAAGAUCUUUACCCUGUAGUAGCAAAUCCAUAUACCCUGUUAACAUGCCUUACACCAGAGCUAACCUGGUUUACAGUAUUAGAUUUGAAAGAUGCCUUCUUUUGCCUCCCUCUCCAUGAAGCCAGCCAGAAAAUCUUUGCAUUUGAAUGGGAAAACCCUAGGAGUGGACGCAGAGCUCAUCUAACCUGGACGGUGCUGCCUCAAGGAUUCAAGAACAGUCCCACCCUCUUUGGAGAACAACUAGCAAAAGAUUUAGAAUCCUGGGAAGCCCCACCAGAAGAAGGAAAACUACUGCAGUAUGUAGAUGACCUUCUAAUUGCCACCCAGACAGAAGAAGCUUGCGUGGCCUGGACAGUAAGCCUUUUAAACUUUUUAGGACUUCAAGGAUACAGAGUAUCCAAGAAAAAGGCCCAAAUAGUAAAACAAAGGGUAAUUUACUUGGGCUAUGAAAUAAGUGCUGGACAACGAACUUUGGGACAGAACCGUAAAGAGGCCAUAUGUCAGACCCCGAAGCCACAGACAAUAGAAGAACUACGAACCUUCUUGGGAAUGACAGGAUGGUGUAGACUAUGGAUUUACAACUACGGGUUGCAUGUAAAGCCUCUAUAUGCACUAAUUGCUGAUGGGAGCAGAGAUCUUCAGUGGACAAGAGAGGCUACCCAAGCUUUCAACCAAUUAAAGGAGGCUCUUAUGUCAGCUCCAGCCCUUGGACUUCCAGAUCUUCUUUCCUCAGCGGAAAUGAAGGAGAACCUAUACAUCAUGACUGCCUAAAAACCAUUGAGGAUACAUAUUCCAGCCGCCCAGACCUACAAGAGACCC